UCCAUCCAUCAAACCACAUCGUUCUCUUCCCUUAAACGUCUUUUACGACUUUCUUCAACGUUACUUGACCGUUCGAAAUGGGUCUCUCUGUCUCCAAGCUGCUCGCCGGUCUCUUCGGCAAAAAGGAAAUGCGUAUUCUCAUGGUCGGUCUUGAUGCCGCUGGCAAGACCACUAUUCUGUACAAGCUGAAGCUUGGUGAGAUCGUCACCACCAUCCCAACCAUUGGUUUCAAUGUAGAGACUGUCGAAUACAAGAACAUCUCCUUCACUGUCUGGGAUGUUGGCGGACAGGAUAAGAUCCGACCGCUGUGGAGGCAUUACUUCCAGAACACCCAAGGUAUCAUCUUCGUCGUCGACUCCAACGAUCGUGAUCGUGUUACCGAGGCUCGCGAGGAAUUGCAACGGAUGUUGAACGAAGAUGAGCUCCGCGAUGCUCUUCUCCUUGUCUUCGCCAACAAGCAGGAUCUUCCCAACGCAAUGAACCCAGCUGAGAUCACGGACAAGCUUGGUCUCCAUGGGCUCAGGCAGAGGACCUGGUACAUUCAGGCUGCCUGUGCAACGUCCGGCGAUGGUCUGUACGAGGGCCUCGAGUGGCUCUCGAACAACAUCAAGAGGCGUACUUGAGGGAUAUGCUGCCAGCUGCCUUUGUUAUCUGGUUCAUGGUCGUAUACAGCCUGUCUUCCCACUCUUCCAGUGUUAUCACUUAUCAUGCCUUUCCCCACCACUCAUAACGCGAACGAAUCGCGUGUACGAGAAAACUCCUCCCCUCUUGUGUUCCUAUUUCUUCCCCAGCCCUGCCGUCUUUGGACGUCGUCUCAACCUCUUGCCUUUCGCCCCCGCGAGUGUCGUCUCACGUUACUCUUGGCUUGGUUCUUUCCGCAAUCAAUUCAAGAGCUGGCCUCUCGUUACCUGCGCGUAUAUUACGCCCUGUGAAUGAUAAUAGAGAAACGUUUCGCG